AAAUGCAGGCCGCCGCCGUCCUCCCCGAGGAGAUCCGUUGGCUCCUGGCAGAUGCUGAGGACUUUCUGGCAGAAGAUUUAAGGAAUGAGAACCUCAGUGCUAUUGCAAGGGAGCACAGAGACCAUAUUCUUCGGGGUUUUCAGCAAAUCAAAACUAGGUACUGUUGGGAUUUUCAGCCUCAAAGGGGAGACCAAGCUGAAAAUUACUUUGGACAGGACAGCUCCGAUGAUAAUCACAGUGGAACUCAUGGCCCUUCUCUCACAUCAGAUGCACCUUUUUUGUCAGAUUAUCAGGAUGAGGGAAUAGAAGACUUCACAAGAGGAGCUCAAGAGCUUGAUAACAUCAUCAAGCAAGGAUACUUGGAAAAGAAAAGUAAAGAUCAUAGUUUCUUUGGAUCGGAGUGGCAGAAGAGAUGGUGUGUUGUCAGCAGAGGCUUCUUCUACUACUAUGCUAAUGAGAAAAGCAAGCAGCCCAAAGGGACCUUUCUCAUUAAGGGCUACAGUGUACGGAUGGCCCCCUACCUGCGAAAAGAUUCCAAGAAAGAAUCCUGCUUUGAACUGACCUCCCAGGAUAGGCGCAGCUAUGAGUUUACAGCUACUAAUCCUGCUGAAGCCAGAGACUGGGUGGAUCAAAUAAGUUUCUUGUUAAAGGAUCUGAAUUCCUUAACCAUUCCAUAUGAUGAUGACGAAGAGGAGGAAGAAGAGGAAGAGAUGUAUGAUGAUAUUGAUGGUCUUGACUCCCAAAAUUCUGGUUCCCAACACAGACCCAUUAUCUUGCCUGGGAGUAUAGGAUUAAAACAGCCCUCAGAGGAGAAAGAAGAAGAAGAUAUUUACGAAGUCUUACCAGAUGACGAGCAUGAGAAUGAGAAUGCUCUAGAAGAGGAUGAGAAUGGCAGUGGACAAAAAGGAGUGGACUAUGCCAGUUAUUACCAGGGCUUAUGGGAUUGCCAUGGUGACCAGCCAGACGAACUGUCCUUCCAACGGGGUGACCUCAUCCGCAUUCUGAGCAAGGAGUAUAACAUGUAUGGCUGGUGGGUAGGAGAACUGAAUAGCCUCAUUGGGAUUGUUCCAAAGGAGUAUCUCACAACUGCCUUUGAAGUAGAAGAAAGAUGAAGCCCAGGACACAUAUCCUUCUCUCUAUCCUGCCUUUAUGAAGAAACUGAUCAUCAAGAGCUCCCACUUCCUACCUCCUGCUGCCCUACCAACACCAUGGAUUCUUCUCUUUACUGAAGAGACCUGUGUCUCUGACACCAUUUAGUAACUGGGAAGAGGCAUAUUCAGCAAACCUGUUACCAAACCUGCAUUGUCAUAGUUCAUUCCAUCUCUAAACAUGUCCACAUAGUCACUUCUGCCCUUUCCACAGUCUUGUCACAGAGAAGGUAAGAGAGAAGGAAACCUUUGGAGAAAGAAGCUGUUGGUUGUUUUGACUGAUUUGAAAAGCACAAAUAAAUUUCAGAUUUGUUUCCUAGCCACGUGUGAUAGUGUUGAGUUUCUUUUUGUAAUGGUAUAAAAAUGUUGGUUCUGGACAUUCUUGUCAACUCCAAACAAAGUAGGAAGGGAUAGCCAGAGAGAAAACAAAAGCCCAGAUAGAGAAGAGGACUUGCAAUUGUCUUUUGGGGUAGGAUCAUCUCUGGAAUCUAGGCCUGCCUCCUUGGCCUCUCAGACUUCCUUUGACUACCUCCUUGGUUAUUUUUUCUUAUGUGCUGAAUCUCUCUGAAAUGAGACAGGGCUAGAAGCAAGUCCUUGGAGUCAGCACAUUGGAGAGUUCCUUUUCAGCCUCAAUUAACUACUCAAGUGGGUCCUGUCUGGCAGCAAGUCCUAGCUAGGGGCCAAGCAAGCACUUUGAGAAGGACGUGUGUAUACACAGUCCUGUUCCUUCUCCUGUUGCCUGUACUAGCACUCAGGUUAUCUGUACCUUGAAGAGGC